AUGUACAUCAUGGAGGUAGGGCGGAGGAGAGGGGGUAAGUGUAGCGGAGGGAGCCAAUGGGAGCCGAUGGAGAGGGGAAGGCCACUCCCACUCCGAACGGCUCCAGUAGCUGCCCACUUUACCCUGUUUGUGUACAUCAGUCCGGCUCAGUGUAUACACAUUAAACCUGCUAGCCACUCCACUCCCGCCGCGGUCUUGUUCUUUUUAAACAUAAAUGUUUAUAUGCUGAGCAUGAUGAAAGAGGAGGAGGGUCAGUUGUCGGUCGUGCACCAGAGCAUCAAUAUCCAGCAUCACUUGCAUCACCUGCAUGUCCACCAGCACCUGCCACCGCCGCCGCCGCCGCCUCCCGCCAUCCACCAGGCUCCGGAGGAACAGAAGCCGCCCCCCAAGAAGAGUUCCGGAGCCAGGAGGCAAGAGAAGCCACCAUAUUCCUACAUUGCCCUCAUCGUCAUGGCAAUACAGAAUUCUCCGACCAAGAGGCUGACUCUCAGCGAAAUCUAUCACUUCCUCCAGCAACGGUUCCCUUUUUUCAGGGGUCCUUAUCAAGGCUGGAAGAAUUCAGUUCGACACAAUCUGUCCCUGAAUGAGUGCUUCAUAAAGCUGCCGAAAGGUCUGGGCCGACCCGGGAAGGGUCACUAUUGGACGAUCGACCCCGCCUCAGAGCUGAUGUUCGAAGAGGGCUCGUUCAGGAGGCGGCCGAGGGGGUUCAGGAGGAAGUGCCAGGCCCUGAGGUACGCCCCGCAGGCAGCCACCGUGUACCCCGCGGAGCCCUCGAUGCCGACCGCCACGCUGCCUCCGGAGGCGGCCAGCUACCAGCAGGGCUACUACCCGGACUACGCCUACGAACCCUGGAACUACCUCGGCCACCAGGAAGAGCACCAUGACCCGUACCCCUACACCCAGUACCCCCCGGUCCAACCCCAGCCCCAGGUCCAGCCCUCUCAGACCGACAACGGUAAGUCUCAAUAA